GGAGCCGGAGUCGGAGCCAGAGCCCGAGCCCAAGCCGGAGCCGGAGCCGGAGCCAGAGCCGGGGGGCGGGGCGGGGGCGGGCCGGCCCCGCCCCCCUGCGCUUUCCUUUUUUCACUUUAAAGCCUACGGGUGCUUUUCCUUCUUCGCAGAAGUCGCGCUCGGCAGCCCGCGCGCUCGCAGGAACCAGGCUCCAGGCGCUGGCGCCGGGGCCGCGGGGAGGAGGCGGCUUCUCUCCCGGCGGCAGGAGCCUCCUCGGCCCCGGAGAGCGGGCGGCGGCGGUGUCCUCCCCGGAACGGCAGUACCAGAUGCUCCACACCGGGCAGAGGCCGCCUAGCAAACUCCCUUAGGAGUGCCGUCCAGGCCUGAUUGGGAAACUGGAGAAGAGGCCCCGUGAUUGAUGAGUUUGCCUUGGGCGUUGGUGACCAGGUGAAACGGGAGGCCGACAUGGGUCAGAAGGUCACUGGAGGUAUCAAGACGGUGGACAUGAGGGACCCCACGUACCGGCCCUUGAAGCAGGAGCUCCAGGGUCUGGACUACUGCAAGCCCACCCGCCUGGACCUGCUGCUGGACAUGCCCCCCGUGUCCUACGACGUCCAGCUGCUCCACUCCUGGAACAACAAUGACCGCUCGCUCAACGUCUUUGUGAAGGAGGACGACAAGCUGAUCUUUCACCGGCAUCCGGUGGCCCAGAGCACGGACGCCAUCAGGGGCAAAGUCGGGUACACGCGCGGGCUGCACGUGUGGCAGAUCACGUGGGCCAUGAGGCAGCGCGGCACCCACGCCGUGGUGGGGGUGGCGACGGCAGACGCCCCCCUGCACUCCGUGGGGUACACGACACUCGUGGGGAAUAACCACGAGUCCUGGGGCUGGGACUUGGGGCGCAACCGGCUCUACCAUGACGGCAAAAACCAGCCGAGCAAAACGUACCCAGCUUUUCUGGAGCCGGACGAGACUUUCAUUGUCCCUGACUCCUUCCUGGUGGCCCUGGAUAUGGACGACGGGACCCUGAGCUUCAUUGUGGAUGGACAGUACAUGGGAGUAGCUUUUCGGGGACUCAAGGGCAAAAAACUUUAUCCCGUAGUGAGUGCCGUCUGGGGCCACUGUGAGAUCCGCAUGCGCUACUUGAAUGGACUUGACCACCCGAAGUUCAUUCACAGCCUGUGAACUGGACCCGGCGCCGGGCUCUGGGGCUCCGGCUGGGUUGCAGUCUCUCGGAGAACCGAGAGGUGGCCCCGGCCGUGCGUGUUCAAACAGGCCACCAGGUGGCCGCUUCUCCUGGAGAUAUAGACGUGGGCGCGUGGCCUCGUGCAGUUGCUCAACCUUCUGCUCCCAGGAACAGCGCCGGCCUCGCUUCCUGGUCCCUGAGCACCACGCCUUCUCAUUCAUAUAAACCAUGCACAGGAGCGGGCACCUGGGCUUCCCAGAGGUGGGCGUGGCGGCCAGAGACCCCUUGUGCCUCCGCGGAAGAGCGGUGGGCACCGACCACGCGGAUGGAGCCGGAUGCAGAACCUGCAGCCCCCCAGGCGAAAGGACUGAGGUCGUCGGGGAGGCCUUCUGGGUCCUGUGAGCGACCAACCAAAAUCUGUGGGACAGACGUUUUCCCUGGCACCGUGCCCAUGUCCGUUUCUGUAGCCUCACGCACGGUCUCUGCAAUCAGACCAUGACCCUGGCCAUCGCUGUUUUGCCCUCCCGCAGGAUCAGUGGCGGUGGGGUGGGAAUGACCUGCUGUUUAGAAACGUUUCUUCCUGAGGGUGUUGGUAAGUUGACCCGAAACCCAUUUAGCCAAGAGGUGGUGACGGGACCUCCCUCUCGGCCCUCCCUCCCCCAGCCCGGCCCCUCUGCCUCCCAGUGGGAGCUAAGCCACAUCCUUGGGGGAGGGGGUGCCGGAGGAGGAUGGAGGAGAGGAGCUGAACUCCCCCCCUCGAUUGCUCAGAGGACCACUCACUCCUCAGCCGCAGGUCCGGCCGAGAGCUGCUGUGAGCCGUCGGUGGCCUUCAGGAGCUCAGCCCGUAGGACUCCGGGGAGGCUUUGGUCCACAUCCUUCAUCUCCAGCUGGGGAAACUGAGGCCUGGGUGGAGGGAGCCAUCUGCUCGAGGUCAGGUUGCUGUGCAGGGUGAAAGUGAGGGGCCAGAUCUGGGGCCACCGAGGCAGGUCGAGGUCCAGUGAAGGAGACCCAAGUCUCUGCGGGCUGGCAGGUGGAAGGAUCCCAGCCCAACCCACCAGGUCUGUGGAAUCCUUGACCCACAAAGAUGGAAGGUCAUUUAGUUCAUCCUCCUGCCUCCAGGAAAGGCCCCGUUUCAAAGCUUUCCAUGAAAAACAUUUACUACUUCCAUCCCGUCUCCUGUGACUGCCCAUGGGAGAUGAAGAGCCAUCGUUUGUCUUCUUUUAAAGCGUGGAAUUUAGUAAAUGCACUAUCAAGCCUAAGAUGUAUUCUUUUUUAUUUUUCUUUUUUUUUGCGGUACGCAGGCCUCUCACUGUUGUGGCCUCUCCCGUUGCGGAGCACAGGCUCCGGAUGCGCAGGCUCAGCGGCCAUGGCUCACGGGCCCAGCCGUUCCGCGGCAUGUGGGAUCCUCCCGGACCGGGGCACGAACCCGCGUCCCCUGCAUUGGCAGGCGGACUCUCAACCACUGUGCUACCAGGGAAGCACUUUUUGUUUUUUUUUAAUGGCAGCUUUAUUGCGAUAGAAUUCACAUGCCAUACGUUUCACCCAUUAAGGCGCAUGAUGCAGUGGUCUGCUGCAUGCUCACGACUGCAGCCAUUGCUGCAGGCCAUCUUAGAAUGCGUUCAUCGCCCCAAACGGAGCCCCUACUCAGUUGCUCCCCGUUUCCCCCAAUGCCCCCAGCCUUAGGAUUUGGCCUUCAAUCACCGAAUUUUGAUUAUUUAAUUUAAUUUAAUUUAAUUUAUUUAUUUAUGGCUGAGCCAUGUGGCUUGCGGGAUCUUAGUUCCCCGACCAGGGGUUGAACCCAAGCCCUCGGCGGUGAAAGCACCACGUCCUAACCACUGGACCGCCAGGGAAUUCCCAAUAACUGAAUUUUUAAAUGUUAUUUUUAAUAUUCUGAGACACACUGGUGAAUAUUACAGAACUUGCGUCCACUUUUUAUUGGUGGAAUGGGAUCUCAAGGGAAAUGGUGGGGGGGUUCUCAGUUUUUCGGUCUGACCUUUAUUUUGUUCACAAAGGAGUUGGGGGAGACCGUGGAUGAGGCCACAUAUGCCCUCAUUUCACCUCUUUGCCUGUCCAGGACACCGUGGGGGGACCCCAGGCUGUUUCGGUGUGCUCACCUGUACGAGAGCUAGGAGGAGUCAGCUCCAAGAGGUCCAGGGUGAGCAGGGCCCACCAUGCUCCCAGCAGCCUCCAGGGCCUUGGAGGCCAUGACUUUCCGGUUCCUUCUGGAGCUGAGAAUUUACCUGAGAUGCGGGCUGCACGGAGCCUCUCUUGCAGGAGGCUAGGCCCCAGGCCCUCCGGGACACAAGGCCAGAGGUGCCCUUGCAGGCUGCAGCUAGAAGCCUUCUCGAAUCCAGAUUCCUGAGGCAGCUCUGCCGUGCGCUGGGCCCAGACUGCUGGGAUUUGGAUCCCAGCCUGUAGCCCUGGCAAUUCGGUCUCCUCUGUGCCUGAGCGCCCUCAGCUGUAAGAGGGACUGGAGAACAGUCCCCGUGAGCAGUUGGGUUAACACACAUGAUUCCCCUCCUAAAGGUCCGCGUGGGGUCUGGUGCUGGGGGUACGUGCAGGGGAGAGUCCAUCCUGUGUGUCCCGGAUGGACGUGCACUGAGGGGGCCUCUAGUUUGAUGGGUUAGAGCAGGGACGGCCUGGCUUGGAAUACUUGCUCCGUGUCCUACCAGCGGUGUGGCCCUGGGCAAGCUAUUUGGAUUCUGUCCCUCAGUUUCCUCAUUGGCAAAAUGGGGAUGAUGGUCAUGGUAUAACUCCCUGGGAUUAUCAAAUCAUUCAUAAUAAACCACUGUGAGGAUUAGAUGAGGGCUUACAAAGGGGCCUGGUCCAGUGAGUUCUCCGUGCUAGCAACUAAUAAUUCACUUAAAGUGUAAAAUGAGUUAAUCUGGAGUCAUCUCAUCUGGGCGUUAAAACUAGUAUUAACGAUGCUAUUGCUGUUGUCAGUGUUGUUUGUUCUAGAACCACCUAGAGCUGUGCUAACCCAGCGUCCUCUGUCUCUCCU